AUGUCAUUAUAUUCAGUAGAAGGUAUCCUAGUAUUGGACUCAAAGGGUGAUAGAAUAUAUGGGAAAUACUAUAAUCCACCACAUUCUGUAUCAGAUGAAUAUGCAAUCAGUAAAUCACUAGCUACAUCUAAUAAAAUUCAACUAGAAUUUGAAAAGCAAUUGUUCAAGAAAACACACAAGAAAAAUGCAGAGAUAAUGUUAUACGAGAAUCAUUUAGUGUUAUACAAAGAAUAUACUGAUGUGACGUUAUAUUUAAUUGGUGAUGGUAAUGAAAAUGAAUUAGUCUUACAAGAAGCCUUUGAUGCUUACAGAAACUCUAUAGAAUUAGUUUUACAUAAUGGAGUCGAUAAGAAGAAUAUUCAAGAGAAUUACGAUUUAAUAUUAUUGGCUAUUGAUGAAUUGAUUGAUAAUGGUAUUAUUUUAGAAACUGAUCCAGCUUCUAUUGCCUCAAGAGUCACAAAGGCUCCAGAGGAAAGCGUUACAUUAGAUUUGGAUAAAGGUCUUUUGGGUGCAUGGGGUUUUGCCAAGAGCAAGUUUCAAGAAAGAUUGCAACAAGGUUUAUGA